CUUCGACGACUCUUUUACUCAGAACUCCAGAUAAUUGAGUAUUCAAAAAGCAUAACAAAGCUUGAACCAAGAAUACCAAAUCCAAAGAAGCCAUAAACAACUCUGCUCAAGUUGGAGCUCUGCACCCAAUGAAAUAGGAAGCCAACGCCUUUGCAGCUGCUGUUACCUCUAGGUUGCCCUGGCUUUGGACAGGUAAAAAAAACAGGGAAAGGUGAUUUAGAGAAAUGGGGGUUCAUGGCACUUGGGCAGACAUCAAGGGCUUUGCUCUCCAAGUUCUUACAGGCCAAUGGCUCAUGCUGUUUGCCUCAUUUCUAAUGAUGACUAGUGCUGGUGCUAGCUACAUGUUUGGCCUCUACUCAAAUGACAUCAAAUCUGUCCUUGGUUACAACCAAUCCACCCUCAACAUGAUCAGCUUCUUCAAGGACUUGGGGGCCAACAUUGGCAUCUUCUCUGGCCUAAUCAAUGAAGUCACACCCCCAUGGGUGGUCUUAUCAAUUGGUGCAGCAUUCAACUUUUUUGGGUACUUCAUGAUAUGGCUUGCCGUGACAGAAAAAAUAGCCAAGCCCCAAGUCUGGCACAUGUGCUUGUACAUCACAAUGGGAGCAAAUUCACAUACUUUCAUCAACACAGGAGCUUUCGUCACAUGUGUAAAGAACUUCCCGAGAAGCCGCGGCUUCUUGAUCGGGCUUUUGAAUGGCUACAUUGGCCUGAGUGCAGCUGUGAUUGUACAGCUAUACCAUGCUUUCUAUGGUGAUGACACAAAGUCCUUCACUUUGUUUGUGGCAUGGCUUCCUUCAGCUGUUUCUCUGAUAUUUCUUCGUACGAUUCGGAUAAUGAAGGUUAUACCGCAGAAGAAAUAUUACAAGGUGUUAUGUAAAUUCCUCUAUAUCUCACUUGGAUUGGCAGGGUACUUGUUAAUUAUAAUCAUAGUAGAGCAAAAGGUGAAUUUCACACAAAUUGAGUAUGGUGGAAGUGCAGCUAUAGUGCUUUUCUUGCUCUUUCUCCCACUUGCUGUUGUUGUUGCAGAAGAGUAUAGUUCUUGGAGGACCAAUCAAUCAUUGAGCACUGCAAAUAUUGAAAUUCCAUCACCAGAUUCAACCCAUGUGGACCAAAACAAGCUUUCUUGUUGGAAACAAGUGUUUAGUCCACCAGAGAUAGGAGAAGACCACACAAUACUCCAAGCAGUGUUCAGCAUUGAGAUGUUGACUUUGUUCUUGACCACAUUGUGUGGCAUAGGUGGCAUGUUGACACUGAUGGACAAUUUGGGUCAGAUUGGAACUGCCCUAGGAUACUCCUUGGAAAGCAUAAGCACUUUUGUGUCGCUCACAAGCAUAUGGAUUUAUCUUGGAGAAGUAAUGGUGGGUUUGCUCUCAGAAAUCUUUAUCACAAAGUACAAAUGUCCAAGGCCUCUCAUGUUCACUUUCUCCCUUUUUCUGUCCUGCAUUGGUUACCUUCUAAUUGCCUUCAAUGUCCCAAAUGGUCUCUAUGUAGCUUCAAUAAUCACAGGGUUUUGCUUUGGUGGGGUAUGGCCAUUGCUUUUUUCAAUAACUUCUGAGAUUUUCGGGCUCAGGCAUUGGUCUACGCUCAACAAUGUUGGGGCAAUGGCUUGCCCACUCGGGUCAUAUUUGCUUAAUGUGAAGGUCACAGGGUAUCUUUAUGAUAGGGAGGCAGAGAAGCAAUUGAGAGCUUUGGGAUUGAAAAGGAACCCUGGGGAGGAGUUGAAUUGCAGUGGAGGGCAAUGCUUCAAAUUACCCUUCAUUAUAAUCACUGCAGUGACAUUGCUUGGUGUGCUUGUUUCCCUGGUUUUGGUGUUUAGGACUAGGAAGUUUUAUAACAGUGACAUUUAUAAAAAGUUCAAAGAUGAGACAAGAGCAGCAGAGUCUGAAACAGUGGUGGCCAAAAACCCCAACGUUGAGCACCAAAGUUGAAAGAUGAGAUUGAUUUAAAAAGCUGAGAUUGAGAUGUAUGCAUGAGAUAUACUUGGUGAGUUUGAUCUCUGUAAUUCUGAUAUAUAUGUAUAUA